AUGAAGUUCAGCCAGUCUGCUUUACUUGCCACUUUGGCUACCACUGCUGUUGUCAAUGCCGCUCCAGCCCAGGUCCACGAGGGUUCCUCGGAGGUUGCCGCUCACGGUAACGCUCUCGCCAAGAGAGAGAGCUUGGAGAGUGCUUUGAUGCAAUUGAAAGAAUUGGAUGAAAUGAGAGUCAAGAGACAAGACAUGGACCUGGAGUUGUCCGAGAGAGAGUACAAGAUUGUCACUGAGGUGUUGAGCGCCAUCAACGACACCAACUUGGCUCCUACCGUGUUGAAGUUCUUUGUCACCCAGCCAACCUUGAGAAAGAUUGCCAUCAAUGCCAUCACCUUUGUUAUCAGAAACGCCAGCAUCAACUUGACCACUUUGGUUAAGGCUUUGGUUGACUCUGGUUUGCUUAGCAGAGUGCUUACUGACGCUCUCAGCGACUGUGAGGUCUACGUUUCUGUCAUUGGUAUUGCUACCGAUGUCAUCAGAGCUCUUCUUGGCAGAAUCUUCAGCAAGCGUGAGCUUCUCGGUGUUGGUGAGGACGAUAUCCUUACCCACGAGCAGACCAUUGAGCUCUUGAAGAAGGACGGCUUGAUGCAACCAAGCAUGCUCCAGGACAAGAGAGCUCUUGACCUCGAUGUUGGUGACAUUGUCAACAACUUGUUGGAGAGUUUGGCCAACUCUGGUUUGGCUUCCUCUGUCGUUAUUGCUGUUCUUACCGACCCAGCUUUCAUUGACUUUGGUGCUGACUUGAUCAAGGAAAUCAUGGACGGUCCAUCUCCAGGUAUUGGUCUUAGCGACCUUGUCCUGGCUGUCACCCAGUCUGGUCUUAUCCCAGAAUUGCUCAAGACUCUUCUCAACACCGACACUUUGGCUACUAUCGGCCAGAACGUUCUUAAGGCUGUGUCUGGUCGUUGUGGUGACGGUAGCAGCGGUGCUAUUACUACCACCACCACCCGUUCGUCUGCUGCAGCUGCUCCAACCACUUAUAUUGGUUCUGCUACCAUUGUCCCAAUUGACACUAGCGCAACCACUAAAGCAACUACUGCCUCUAAGGUCGACGUGGACACUGUCUACACCACUGUCAACAAGCAGAGUAAGACUCUUGCUGGCGAGGCCACCUCUAUCGCUGACCCAUGUGAGACAGCUUACAACAAGAGAGAAUUCAAGAAGCUUCGGUUGAACUACUAA